GCGGCGGGAGAUUCGCUAGGCCUCAGGCUGCGGGGCGCGCGCUAUGGAGCGGCUGCGGGAAGUGCGGGAGCGGCUGCAGGCUUGGGAGCGCGCGUUCCGGCGGCGGCACGGGCGGCGGCCGGGCCAGGAGGACGUGGCGGCGGCGCCUGAGGAGACCCGCGCGCUCUACCGGGAGUACCGCGCCCUGAAGGAGGCCCCGGGCCAGGCAGGAGGCAUCGGACCCCGCGGCCCCACGCAGCCGCUUCCCGCGCCGGCAGACGAGGUGCCGGAGCCCAGCUGCUGGGGGCCCCACUUGAAUCGGGCUGCGACCCAGAGUCCACAUCCCCCUCUUUCUGGGCCAAGCCCUCUGCGAUCUGCGCGGGUCUAUGGAGAGAGGCUUAAGGCCAACCUAAAGGGCACCUUGCAGGCUGGGCCAACCCUGAGCCGCAUACCCCGGACUCCACGAAGACUCUUGUCCGAGAUGUCCACCCCAGGGCCACCAGGUGCAGGGGCUGUCCUCAUCUCUCCGGAAGAAGUCAGCGAAGCGCCCCUCCAGCCUUCUGGGCCACAGCUGAGGCCGGGCCGCCUCCAGCAGCUACAGGCAUCCCUGAGCCUGCGACUGGGCUCCCUAGACCCUGGCUGGCUAGAGCGGUGUCACAACGGGGCCCCAGAUUUUCUGGGGGCUUCCGAAGCUUGCCAGCCUAACUUGGGUGCAGAGCAGUCACAGCUUCUGGCUUCAGGUACCCCAUCUGCCCUUGGUCCCAGCACUGGCCUUGAGACUCAAGCCCUACAGACAGCUGGAGUCGGUGCAGGGAGUCCCCAGCCUGGCAACAGUCAAAGCAAGAAGCGGAAACGGAAUAGGGAGCCAGAGGGGAGCCCUGCACGGACCCAGCAAGGCAAUGGCCAAACAGGAACCCUGCCUCAGGAAGCUGGGACUGCAGGAGAUGCAGAAGACCCUUCGGGGAAAGCCCUGUGGGCACAGCCCCCCAGUGGUGCCACAGCGUCCAGAGCAGCUGUGCGGAAUGGAGGUAAUUAUGUGCGGCUCAACAUGAAACAGAAGCGCUACGCGAGGGGCCCAGCUCUCCGUGGAAGGCUCCUCCGAAAGCAGGUGAGGUGUCGGCAGGCACUCCCUUCACCCCACACUGCCUCUUGCCAUGUGACCUUCUUUUAUGGCCCCCAGAUGUGGAAGCAGAAGUGGCAGAGGAAAGGGGAGCAUUUUGGAGGUGGUCAGCACAGAGGCACAGUCAAGAAUUCUUGCUUCCGGUGUGGGCAGCUAGGCCACUGGUCAUCCCAGUGCCUGCAACCAGAGCACAUCCCGGCGCCUGGGAAGAAAGGUGGUGAGGAUGAGGAUGGCACACAGACCCUGCUCACUUUGGAGGAAGCAGUCCAGAGGACAGGCACUGCCGGGUUCUCUGUUAGUGAAGAAGAUCCAGAGCGUGCUGGGCCUGAGCUGUUGGCCACCAUGGAACAGUCUGUGCCCCAGGCACCCUGCCUACCCCCUGCCGUGCCGCCACUUUACCCACCAGGGCCCUCUGGGCAAGUGGCAGAGACACCAGCUGAGGUGUUCCAGGCCCUGGAGCAGCUAGGGCACCGUGCCUUCCGCCCCGGGCAGGAGCAUGUGGUCAUGCGGAUCCUCUCUGGCAUAUCCACGCUGCUGGUGUUGCCCACCGGUGCUGGCAAGUCCUUGUGCUACCAGCUCCCUGCACUGCUUUAUGCUCGGCGGAGCCCCUGCCUCACGCUGGUCAUCUCUCCCCUCCUGUCUCUCAUGGACGACCAGGUGUCUGGUCUGCCCCCAUGCCUGAAGGCAGCAUGCAUCCAUUCAGGCAUGACCAGGAAGCAGCGGGACUCUGCCCUGAAGAAGGUUCACGCAGCCCAGGUGCAUGUUCUGAUGCUGUCACCCGAGGCACUGGUUGGGGCUGGGCCAGGGCCCUCUGGCUGCCUCCCUCGGCUCCCUCCAGUUGCCUUUGCCUGUGUUGAUGAGGCCCACUGCCUGUCCCAGUGGUCCCACAACUUCCGGCCCUGCUACCUGCGUGUCUGCAAGGUGCUGCGGGAACGCAUGGGUGUCCGCUGCUUUCUGGGUCUUACAGCCACGGCCACACGCAGCACCUCAAGAGAUGUUGCCCAGCAUCUAGGCGUGGCUGAGGAGCUUGUGCUCAGAGGGCCAGUCACCAUCCCCGAGAACCUGUACCUCUCUGUGUCCAUGGACAGGGACCCUGACCAGGCUCUGGUGACACUGCUGCAGAGUGAUCGUUUUCGUAAUCUGAACUCUGUCAUCAUCUACUGCAACAGACGUGAAGACACAGAGCGUGUUGCUGCACUGCUCCGCACCUGCCUGCGCCAGGCCCCUGAAACUGUGGCUGAAGCCUACCACGCUGGCAUGUGUGGCCGGGAGCGGCGGCGGGUGCAGAGGGCCUUCAUGGAGGGCCGGCUGCGGGUGGUGGUGGCCACGGUGGCCUUCGGGAUGGGGCUGGACCGGCCAGACGUGCGAGCUGUGCUGCACCUGGGGAUGCCCCCGAGCUUUGAGAGCUAUGUGCAGGCUGUGGGCCGAGCUGGACGGGACGGCCAGCCUGCACACUGCCACCUCUUCCUACAGCCCCAGGGUCAGGACCUGCAGGAGUUACGUAGACACGUGUAUGCCGAAGGCACCGACUUCCUUGCCGUGAAGAAGCUGGUACAGUGUUCGUUCCCGCCUUGCACCUGUGCCCGUGUUGACACCCAACAGCCCCCAGAGCAGGAGGGAGCCAAGAGCCAAGAGAGGCCUGGGGCUGUGUCCCCAAGGGAAGCUGAGCCACCCAGCAGCAAACACACAGCCCCGUGCCUGGGUCAUGAGCGGGCACUCCCAGUACAGCAGCUGGUGCAGGCCCUGGACAUGCCUGAGGAGGCCAUUGAGACCCUGCUGUGCUACAUGGAGCUACACCCACAACGCUGGCUGGAGCUGCUGGCACCCACAUAUGCCCACUGCCACCUGCGCUGUCCUGGGGGCCUCCCCCAGCUCCAGGCCCUGGCCCACAGGUGUCCUCCACUGGCUGUCUGGUUAGCCCAGCAGCCACCCGAGAACAUAGCUGCAGGAAGCUCUUCUGUAGAGUUUGACGUGGUUAAGCUGGCCGACUCGAUGGGCUGGAAGGUGGCCCCUGCAAAGCGGGCUCUCCGUCAACUGCAGUGGGACCCGAGUCUCGGGACAGGUGCACCCCGGGACACAGGGGUGCUAGUGGAGUUCCGGGAACUCGCCUUCUAUCUGCACAGCCCCGGAGACUUGACAGCCCAUGAAAAGGACCAGAUCUGUGACUUCCUAUAUGGCCGAGUACAAGCCCGUGAGCAGGAGGCCCUGGCCCGCCUGUGCCUCACCUUCCAGGCCUUUCACAGGUGCAGGAGAGCCUUCCCCAGCUGCGGGCCCUGCUUGGAGCAGCCUGAUGAGGAGCGCAGUGCCAGGCUCAAGGCCCUGCUCAGCAGCUACUUUGAGGAAGAAGGGCUAGUAGGCAUGGAAGAUCAGCAGGGCUCAGAGCCAGGGCAGGCCAGGAUCCAGGACUGGGAGGACCAGAUUCGCCAGGACAUCCGCCACCUCUUGUCCUCAUGGCCUGACCAGCAAUUCUCAGGCAGGGCUGUGGCCCGCAUCUUCCAUGGCAUUGGAAGUCCCUGCUAUCCAGCCCAGGUGUACGGGCGGGACCGGCGUUUCUGGAGGAAACACCUGCAUCUGAGCUUCCACGCCCUGACACGUUUAGCCACAGAAGAGCUCCUGCUGUGGGGCCGCUGAGCACCCUGCUGUGGGCAGGCCCUGCUCCUCCGCGUCACAGGAGGGAGUCAGGUGUGGCACUUCAUCAGGAAAAAGAGCAGGGAUGUUGGUGGCCAAGACUGACUGACUACCUUGGCAAAGCCCACCAACAGAAGUGAGGCAAAGAGGCCCCAAAACGCAGAAUAAAAAAUGCUCAAGUCA